UUGCUUGUCUCAGUGUGUUUCGAUAACCAAUUUGAUUGAAAACAAUAUUUGUUUAUUUUCAGAUGUCUGUAGAUAUUCGCAAAAUGGUGAAAGAUAAAUUAUUCAAAGACGUUAUUCGACUUGACAAUAAAAGAAAGAUAUUAGUCGUGGAUAACGAUGGAAUGCGAGUAUUAUCAGAUUGUUUCAAGAUGUCCGAGUUAUUUGAGGAGAAAAUCAUAUUGAUUGAAGACUUGUUUAAACGACGAGAGAAAAUCAAAAAUAUAGAUGCACUUUAUUUGGUGAAACCAACUGAAAAUGUUAUAAAUAUUAUGAUAUCCGAUUUCAAACUUAUUCAAAAAUCGAAGAAGAAAUUCAAAGAAGAUUUGAUGUACAAAUCAGCAAACAUAUAUUUUCUUUCUCAAUGUUCGGAUAGUUGUCUCGAACAAUUAUCAGCCAAUCAUAUUGUGAAAUAUAUCAAAACUUUGAAAGAAAUGAACUUAUCCUUCAAACCUAUACAAUCACAUGUUUUCGGAGUUGAUCAAUUGGAAACAUCGCUUGGUAUUGCUAGUUUUUGUUUGAAUCUCGGAAUUUAUCCAUUUCUUCGAUUUCAUUCUGAUUUUGCACAAAGUGCUGAAUUUUGCUAUAGAAUUGAGCAAAAUUUGGACGAAUUUAUGAAGACAGAUUUGUCACUUGGAAUUGAAUCGGAUUCGCAUUUGUUGAUACUAGGUUUUAAUUUCAACAUUUUAAUUUCAUUAUUUGAAUUUUAUAGACCGUUCAUUCGAUUUAUUGACACCACUUCUUCAUGAAUUGACGUUUGAAGCAAUGAUAUCAGAAAAUGAAGAAGAGCUCGAAAAACUCCAGCAAAAUGAUGAAGAUGAAAUUUGGAAUGAAGUGAGACAUUUACAUAUAGCUGAAGUUAUUGAUAGAAUUCAUGGAAAAAUGAAAAACACAAAGAAAAUCGAAGUAUUUGGAACGAUUCGUGAAUUCGGAAAAACUAUGAAAAAUAUUAAAAAUAUGGAGAAACUCGAAAAAUACAUUACGCUUACUGAAAAAUUGUUGGAAUCUUACAAAACCGAUCUUAUCGAUAUUAUAACAUUGGAACAGGUGAGAUUUUAAUUACCGUAAAUAAAAAUUGAACAUAUCCAUAUUUUUUUAGGAUAUGUCAACUGGAUUUACAUCAGAAAACGUGCCAAUUCGAGAUGGAAGAAUUGUGCAAAAUUUGACGAAAAUUUUAAUGGAUAAAAAUGUCUCGGAAAAUUAUCGAUUGCGAUUGAUACUGAUUUAUAUGCUUUGUCUCCCAGAGAAAAUUGAAGAUUAUUAUUUGAAAAUGGUUGAAGUUUCGGGAUUUUCUGAUGAUGGAAUUGAUGUUGUGAGAAAUAUGUUACAAUUAUACAAGGUUAGUUUAUUUUCGGGUGGAUUCGAGGUGGCAUUUACAAGCAACCCUUUUUUGGCUUCCAAAUCUAUGAAAAUGGUUUUUGGGAAACAAAAAUCAAGAACGGUAAUAAUUUUUUUGAUUCGGGAUUUCUUCGUUAGGUGUUUUUUCAAACCAGCGAAAUUGGUUUUAUAAUUUUUUUGUUACUGAAAAUCUUAUUUUGAGAGGAGUAUGUAGAUGGUAUACACUUGCUUUUUUCUGAAAUUUUGAUACAUUUUUGUUCGUUUUUUUUUGUUUUUCCUUUUUUCUAGUCUUCCCAACCAUGUAUGAUGCCACGUCGAAAACUACCAUCUGAAUAUCAAUUUAAUACAUCUAGAUGGAUUCCACACAUUUGUGAUAUAAUUAAAAGUGUUCAUGAUGGUUCUUUGGAUACGGAACGAUUCAGAUGUCUUGGAAAACAACCUUCGAGAAAAACGUUUGUUUUUAUUUGAAGUAUAACUAACUUUUUCAGUUUAUUAUUUUUUAGAGCGGUUUCUUCGGCACGAUUUGGUUCACUGGAAAAUCGAGCAAAUAAGAAGAUUGUGAUUUUCAUUGCUGGAGGAAUAACUUAUUCAGAAAUUCGAGAAGCCUACAAAUUUUCAAAUACUUUAAAGAACACCCAAAUUUUUAUUGGAUCGGAUAGGAUUUUAACACCUAAUAAUUUCAUUGAACAUUAUUUGAGAAAUAAAUUUUAA